UAAAUGUUUUAAGUUUUUAUUUGAAGCUUUAGAUAAAUUCAAUAUUUAAAGUUUUUAGUUAAAGUUUGACAAAGUAAUUUGAUGGCAGCAUGUAGGUUCAUUCAAUCAAAGAGAGUAAAUCGUUUCUUUUAUUCUUGGCUCAUUGAAGUGUUUAACAGUCCUAAUGAAGAAAGGAUUAAACAGUUUGGUCCUGACAGAGCUGCAGCAGAAUGGAUUAUUCGAAAUGGUGGCAAAGUAAAGUUUGAAUCCCAUAUCACUUGGUCAACAAGCUAUUCAACUUUGUCAAAUAGCUGCACAAAAUUAGUUGCCAUUGAUGGAAGUAAUAUUGCGCUCACAUCAAAUGGUUUACGUCAUUUAAAAGGCCUUAAUUAUUUAACAGAUUUGCUUUUAAGAAAAUGUCACAAUAUCACUUUUCUUGACAGUCUUGAAGAAGUCUCUGCUAGUUUGAAGCAUCUUGACAUCAGUUAUUGUGAAAGCAUUACUGAUAUAUCACCAGUUGAAAAACUUAGAAAUUUAGAAACUUUGGUGAUUUCGCAAACGUUGAAUGGUUCCAUGAGAAAUAAGGCUAUCGAAAGAUUAAAAUUAGAACUCCCUCAAUGUAAAAUUAUUGACUAAUUGAUUUAUAUUAUUUUAAUGUAAUUUAUAUUAAAGAGAAUUUUUUUAUGAAAGUUAAA